AAUUCAGGGGAUGUCCUUUGAUUUUCAAUGGAAGCCGCCACUACCAAAAACUUAAAAUUAUGGAGUGAACAUUCCAGUGAUUUUAAUUUGUCGCGACCAAAUUCUUCAAAACAACAUUUUGUCGUGCAUGUACCUAACAAAUUCUAUAAUAACCCCAACCAUCUCCGUCAUCGAUUUUCAAACACGGACAUAUCGAUUGCUAGGACGACCUGCGAAUGCAAAUCAAUUGAGUAUCGUGGGCUACGUGCGAUACUACCAUUGGCACUGUCAAUUUUACUGUACCAUACAGUGCAUCAACCUAACCAUACAGUAAUUUCGUCGGCGGUCGGUGACUUUGCCACGUGAGCCACUCGGGUUGUCGCCUGGGCAGCAGGGGUCAGGAUUAAGGAUUUUCAAGGGUCCUGGGUCCUUUUUUCUCUGGGGUCCCUUUCACUGCAGCGUUUCAACAAACUCGGUGUGCGCCUCUUGCAUCUUUCUCAGCUUCUGCGACAUUUUCAAUACGUCCUUUUUCCUCUUUUCAUCGACAAUAAGCAAAAUAUCGCGAUUCGGAUAAUCAAGUUAAUCUCUCGUUUCUUUUUUAUCAGGGUUUUUUUUAUUCUUUUUCCUUCAUCGAGAUACCAUGCGCGGAAGCGCCGUUUCGGCAGCUUUCACCGCGCUUAAAAACCCCCUUUCUAGACUUGGCCGUGCCCAUUUAUCCACUACAUCAUUUCACAGCAGCUCCGGAGCUCGACUCGGAGGUAACAUUCGCAAGGCCAGCACCAUUCCGCACAGCGUCGCCCAUUUCCCCCAUGGCCAGCAGUUUGAACCAGGUGUUAUUCUAAAGGGUUACUCUGGUCGAGAGUACACUAUCGAAAAUGUUCUGCAGGACAGACAAGACCGUCAGGUCUAUCUCGCCAGAGCGAAUGAGAAGAUGUUCGUUUUGAAGAGUUUAUUCGAGAACGAAUACAACUAUGCGCUUCCUCUGCAGCUCAGGUUCAACCACUCGCCCUACUUACGGGCUCUCCGGGAUACCGUCCCGGACCAGAGAAUGUUCGUCAAUGAGUACAUGACGGACCAUCUACUCAACUUCGUCUUCAAGGACCUAUCUCUUCCUAUGCAGAAGCGCGUACUCCGAGACACCCUUCGAGGACUCGCUGCUCUGCACAACCAGAACAUCGCGCAUUUAGACAUCAAAGCCAACAACAUAAUGAUCGACUACCGCGAGACUCCGGCUGGGCUUGUUGUUGACCGAGUUCAGCUGUCUGACUUGGAAGACUCGACUCACAUCCCGCCUGGACAAGCUCUUCGCGGACUCCAAGUCGGCAACCAGUUCUGGCGCAGUCCGGAGGCGCACGUUCAAGGCGCAGUGGGUAAGCCCUCGGACAUUUUCUCCUUGGCGCUCGUGUUCGUAUUCAUGCGCCUAAGAAUGGUCAUCUUCCGGAUCGACAGCGCGCCCGGCGUCGACCUGCAGAAGCCCAUCAUCGAACGGCAGAUUUCUACCUUCGCCGAGUGGAACGACUUCGAAUCCUUUAUGGAUUACCUGGGUCGCAGACACCCUUGGGCUGGCGAGCUACGUCGUAUGGCGGACUCCUUCGGCACGGAGAACCCGCGACGGCCGUUCUCGCUCUGGAAGAGCGACGCGCUCGACCCCGAGUUCAAGGAUCUGAUCAAGAAGAUGACUAACUUCGAUCCCCGACGAAGAAUCACGGCGCAGGAAGCCCUUGAUCACGUCUGGUUUCACGAUGUUCCCGAGUAAAAUUGCGCUCGCUUUUUCUUUUACUUUUUUCGGUACCGCGCUUAUGCGAAAUGGUUUCAGGGAUACGGAACCACUGGGCAAUGGAUAAGGUCAAUAAGCAAAGUUUUUUUAUAGACUGAUAAAGGGUUCUUAUGGAUAGAGGUGAGGGUAUAGACAACAAUCAGGCACGAUACAACAACAGACGGACACGAAUACAGACACAAGCAAGAUAGAGUAAUCAUAAUGGCGCAAGCAACAACCCAUCCUACCUACUUGAAUUCAGCGUAUUUGAUCCUGCACGUAUUGUGGCUACCUAAGUCAGGCUGGGCA